AAAAACCCAAGUCACAACUACAAGUCAGUCAGGAAUUCGGCUAGGUUAGAGAUCCAUGUCCGGUCAAUCUUGCAGUUCAGCCGGAAAUCACGGGAGCGUAAGAAACGAUCUGUAGCAUUACGACAAAACAUUCAUACUCUGUCGUCAAGUUUCGUCUUGAACGAAGCGGAAGCGUGGCUCUCCGUCUGACCGUCUGCAAGCUUUGCCAUGCUCGGUCUAAGAUCGUACCAAAUCUCUUCAUUCAAUCGUAUCUCAGCAGAUCAGAUCUCUUAUCUCAGUAUCUUAUCUCAACCAGUAACAUUCCGCCAUGUCGGGUCGCAGCAAAUUCACGAGCGUCAAUCUCAACAGCUCCUUCGGGAGGCAAAGCCCCUCCCACUCCCACUCCGGCCCCGGCCAAACCACAGCCGCCGGAUCCAGAUUCGGACGGUCAGGAUCAUUCGGAAGCAUGAUGGUGCUGGGGAAGGUCGCAACUCCCGGAGCGUCCGCGGGUAGCAAGAGCGGGAAGCUGGUGGUGCCGAAGCCAGUCAACCUGCCGUCGCUGCGACGAGAGCACGCGGGGAACGAUCCGUCCGUCUCGCUCGUUCCCGCCAGCAGUACGGUAGUAUCGGGAUGGCAGAGACCCGGGGGGGGGAAGCCGCACGGGGAAGGGACGCACGCGGCGGAGCAGACACUAUCAGCAGCAGCAUCAGCAGCAGCAUCAGCAGCAGCAGCGGUUUCAGCAGUAGCAGCGGGGGAAGCAUCGGCUCGCGCGUCCGGUGCGACUCACGAGGCCAGGCGUUGCGUGUCGCUCUCCCCGCCUCCUCAAGGCUACGCCUUUCUGGCCAAUUCAGCAGCAGCUGCCGCGGCACCGGCGGCGGCAGUUGCAGCGGCGUCAGUAGGCGAGCCGAAUCGCGCCCCCUCGGCGCACCGACCAGGGGUGUACCAACCGCCGGGCUCGCGCGGCGGCAGCAGUGCCACGUCAGCCUCCACGUCAGCUGUCACGAACGCGGGAAACGCCGGCGUUGUCUUGCGCGGGGAAGAUUUUCCCUCACUGGAUGACGCAGCAAAGAAGCAAGCGUCGACUAGCAGUGCUGUACCAAGCGUCGGACGCGGUAAGGAGCACCCUGGCAAGAAGAAGACCAAGGCAUUAGAGGCUAAUAGCGGGGAUGAGCUGGCGCGAUUGGCGCAGGAGCAGGGUGGAGGGGACGAGGCAGGUCGGGCGACGGAAAGGCCGCAGGGUAGCGAUGCGACGACGAAACGGGUUACCAGUGGGCGAUGGGGAGACGAAGAAUCGGAUCAGGAGCUGAACGAGCGAGAUCCCCUGUCCGGAUCUCAAUCUAACAAGGCGCCAGAUUUUAUUUCCAGAGACCAAGGCAGCGAGGCAUCUGGCGAUCCCGGUGCCUACGGUGCGGACAGAUCUGACAGACAUCCCCGUUAUAAGGAGAACGAGAGGCCGAGGAGGCCUGGAGAGGGCAUGGGUCCGCCGAACCAGUUUGGCCCGCCACCCGGGGGAGGCUUCCGCCGACCUUCCCCUCCGCGCAGAGCAUGGGCGGACGAUGAGCGGGACCUUGCGCCACCCCACCCUCCCCAUCCCCCCCAUUUCGCGCAUGGGGGUAGGGGGCCAUUUCCGCACAGAUUCGACGGUCCCAGGGGUCACUUCGACGCUAACGGGUUUCCCAUGGGUGGUGAACCGGGAGGGUUUCAUAACGGAUGGGACUCUAGAGAGGGGUUUCAUUCUAGAGAAGGCUUUCGGGAGUAUCCUGGUCCGAGGAAUGGGGCCACGGAAUGGCAGGGAGAUCCGAGGCCCGGCGAGGCGUUCAUGUGGCGAAGGGACGAUCCGCACGGGUGGGAGGGACGGCCGCCUGCAGGACGAGGGAGGGGAGGGCCGGGGCCAGGACCGCCAGGCGCACUAGGGCCCCCUGGACCGCCAGAUAUGCGAGGGCCACCAGGCGCACCCGAGAUGAGAGGGCAACCAGGGCAACCAGGACCGGCAGGGAUGCCAUUCCCGGGUGAGUUUGAGCGCUAUGGGCCCAUGGGGGACCCGGGGAGAGGCAGAGGCGGUGGUGGUGGCGGGUAUGGUCCCAGGGGGGAGUUUCCCAGGGGUUUUGCGCCCGGGCAGGGUUUUGGCCCCGGGCAGGGGUUUAGGCCCAGUAGGGAGGGCGGAGGGAGGGGCGUGGGGCCGGACGUUUUUUCCGGUGGCCCGCGGAUGGAGCUGCAGUCUCUGCCGCGCGUGGGGGUGGAGCCUCCGCCUAGUUUUGGGCUUGGUGCUCUGGGGCUGGUGAGGAGGAAGAAAGCGGAGGGAGAGGGGGGUGGGUCGGAGUUUCGUGACUUGGAAAGGGAGCGGUUUGAAGAGGAGUUGGAGAAGUUGCAGAUGCAGAAGGAUAGGGAGAGAGUGAGGAAGGAGGAGGAGGAGCAGCGGGCGGCAGAGUUUGCGAGGCAGCAGGAGGAAGAGGCGAUGCGGAGGGGGAGAGAGGAGGAGGAGGCGAGGCGUAGGGCGGAGGAAGUGGAGAGAGAAGCCGCGCAGAGGGCGGCUAUGGAAGUGGAAGAGGCGGUGAGGAGGGUAGAGGAGGAGAGGAGGAGAGUGCAGGAGGAGAAGAGGAGGAUUCUGGAGGAGGAGGAGAGGAGGAAGGAGAAUGCGCGGAGGAAGUUGGAGGAGCUGGAGGAGAGGAUAGCGAGGAGGAAGGCGGAGGAGGAGGAGAGGAGGAAGAGGGAGGAGGCAGGCGGAGCGGAGGGGCAAGGGGGGGCGUUGAGUGAGGGUGGGCAGGGGCAGCAAGGUGAGGCGUCGCAGGGUGUUGUGGAACGGAGUGUGGCGUUGGGGCAGGGACCAGGAAAUGAGGGGAACGGGCAGCUGCAGGGGCAGGGGCAGGGGCAGGUAGUGGAUGGCUGGGAAGGCGCGGAGAGGAAUGAGGGAGGGUAUUUGCCAGGGGAGGUAGGGUCUAACGAGCAGAAUCCAAGUGGAGAGGUAGUUGGAGGUCAUUCAAACGCGCAGGGAAGCGAAGUGGAGGAAAGACGGACUUCUAUGGGGAAUGGGUCAGCGCAGGAGCAGGCUGCUGGGGAUGGCAGCAGCACCCAAGUAGCUUCUGAGCCGACUGAAAAGGCUGCUGGUCGGGAGGAUGACAGAGCCCAAGAGAUUCCAAAGUCGGACGAGCAGUGUGAGAUUCUUGCUGGCAUGGCAGAAGGUGCCCCCACAUGGGUAGAUGGCACGGAGGUCCCUGGUGAGAGCAAGACAGUGAGAGACGAAGGGGAAGGCGUGGUUGGGAAGAGCGUGCUAGGGAAGAUGGGCCAGGUCGAGGGGGAGAAAGGUAGCGAAUUUCAAGUGAACCGUCAGAAGCAGGAGCAGGAGGAGCAGGAGCAGCAGCAGGAGCAGCAGGAGGAGCAGCAGCAGCAGGCUGGGCUUUCCCAUGAUAAGGCCGGGUCCACUGUAGGGGGCCCUAUUGCUGCCUCCUCCCCUUCCCCGCCCCUUGAUCGCACGCGUCUGGGGGAGAGGCAGCAAGCCAACCACACCAGUAACCAGAGCCUCUAUGACCCUAGCGCAGAGGGGCCGGGGUUAGGGAUUUCCCAGGGUUUUUCUCACUGGAGCCAGCAGCAGCAACAGCAGCAGCAUCACCAGCACCAGCACCACCACCAGCAGCAACACCAGCAGCAACAGCAGCAACAGCACCAGCAACAGCAACACCAGCAAUACCAGCAACAGCAGCAACAGCAACAGCACCAGCAACAGCAGCAGCAACACCAGAUGCAGGGGCAGUCGAUUCCGCCUUACGGAUUCCCCAGCCCAGGUCCUCUCUUGCGCGCCCAUCAGUUCGCCCCACCUUACCCUCACUUCCCUGUAAUGCAGCAGCAUCUAGGGACCAUGCACCCCCACCCCUUCCAGCCGUUGCCAGGGCACCAGCACCAGCAGCAGCCGCCGUUGCUGCACCGACCACCCGGGCUGGGUCCUGGGCUCUUAACCCAUGGGGAUGCGAGCCACGGCUUUGCUACAUAUACUGGCCACGUGCCGGCGCAAGGGGUUGGGGUUCUGGGUACAAGGGAUGCGGUAGUGGACAGAAAUGAAGGGUUGAUUGGCGGUGGUAGUGGGGCGAUGGGGAAUGGUGGUGGAGUGGUGGUGAGGGAGAGAAGAUGGGGGCAAUCUGGGGAGUACUUAGACUGGAGAAGGAUUGGGCCUGAUGCUGCAUCGAGUAUUUUCCUCGGGCAGGCCGGGCAGCCUGGAAUGCAGCAGUGGCAGGGGCGGCCUGGGUUCGGGCAGGAGGAAAAUUCUGGUGGUCCAGAACGGGCAGAAGGGCGAAGCUGGGCAAUGGGAGGGGGGGUGGCGGGAGCAUUAGGACCAGAGGAGUCAGAGAUGAGUGAGUCCGAGAGCCUGCCUGCAGAUGUGGUGAAUGAGCUGGGGGCCCUGCUGUCGGAUCGAGAAGAGGGGGGCAUGUCGGACAGAGAAGAGGGAGCGACGGGGAAUCAGGAGAGAGCGGUGAUGGUAGGUAGGGAAGGGUUGGAUUCGGCUGAAAGAGGAGGAGUGGUGGGUGCUGAUAAGGAGGAGGUGGGGGUGGAGGAGAAGCGGCUUGCAGUGAGAGCCGAGGAGAAGGGAAGUGUGGUGGAGAAUGGCGAGGCUGUGGUGAAAGAUGCCGGCACUGGUGCAGCAGAAACAGGCAGCAUAGACUCACAGGGCGCACGUGCCUCUGUCGCGCCUUCAGCUCUCUCUGCUGCUGCGCCUUCAGCUUUCCCUCCUGCUGUGACUUCUGCUGCUGCAGCAUCUGCUGAUAGUGCUCCGUCCAAGCCGUUCCUUCCCGCCCUGCUGCGCACCUCUGGAGCCCCUUUUGUCAUUCAAAUCGGCUCCGUGCCUCUCACUGUUGGUGGGGCAGCCCAGCCAUCCGGGCAGAACGAAAGUUUUGGAGCGUCCCCGUUGCCAAUGUUUCAGUUCGGGCAGAUCGGGGUUCAGGCAUCAAUGUUGCAUCCUGUGCCCCCUGCUGGCCAGGGCCCAGAGUGUGCCACACAACCGAACCAGCAGCAGGAGUUACCGAAGCAGCAUCAGCAACCACCAAACCACCAGCAGCAGCUUCCGAACCAGCCCUCGAUGGUGUUAGAACCGCACCAGCAGCAGCAGCAGCAGCAGCAGAAGAAGAAGGGCGCGGCAGCACCAGGUCAGGUACCUUCAAAAGAAUCAAUUGUGCAAAGGGUGGUCUCUCAAGAGCCGUUGCUGCCGCUUCCAGUAUCAAUGCCCCCCCCGGUGGGUGCCCAGCCGCCUGCUGUGGGGGGGAGAGAAGCGCUGGAGCAGAGGGACGGUGCAGGUUCAGGCGCGCGGCUUGUUGAACGGGGACAAGUGGGCCGGGGGAGAGGCAGGGACGCGGUUACCACCCCAUCUGUGCCGGGAAUGCCUGCUAGGCCCGGACCUGCAGCCUCGGCUGUUGGAGCGGUAAGUGGCUCGGGAGCUGGCUCGAUGGCAGGUGCGGCAGCUGGUCUGGUGUCAGGUUCGGCGGUAGCUUCGGGGGGUGGUUCGGGAGCAGGCACGACUCCAGCUUGGUUUGUGGCUCAGGGUUUAAGGCUUACUGAGGCGAGAAUUGGAGGGGUUUCGGAGGGGACAGGUGAAGGGUAUUCAGAGAUUAGGGGUAGUGAUGGUGUAGUGGGUGAUCGAAAGGGCGUGGCGACAGCUGGUGGUUUGCAGGAGAAGCAGAUAACACGGGGAGCAACAGGGGGUGAAGCAACAGGGGGCGGAGCAACAGGGGGCGGAGCAACAGGGGGCGGAGCAACAGGGGGGGAUAAGGACGGCACGGGAUUGAGUGCUGGAGUGGAGGAGCCUAAGCAGGGGACUUUGGUUAACGCUUGUGAGUCAAGGCGAGAUGUGAGUCAAGAGGUUGGAAAGACUGACGUGGUUAGAGUAGUGGAAAAGACGGAUGUAGCAAAAGCGGAUGUAGCAGAGGCGGGUGCCAUAGGCAUGGCAGUUGCACAGGAGAAACAGAGGGAUGCGGGUGGCCAUGCUGGCGGUGCUGAUGCUGUUGCUGGUGCUGAAGGUUGGCUGCUGCAGCAAGGGUCUGCUCCAGGUGAAACGGAGGAUCUGGCAGGUGGGGAGAGUGGCGUGGCGUCAGGUGCUUUUGCAGGUGCUUCUUCAGGUGCUUUUGCAGGUGGCUCGGACAGUGGCGUGUCGGAGGCAGAGGCUGCUUACGAGAGUGCUGAUGCCACGAGCACUGGCUCGGAGCACGAGGAGGUGGAGUCAAAGAUGGGAGCACAGAUGGAGGAGGAGAAAGUGGAGGAGAAGGAGGAGGAGAAAGUGGAGGAGAAAGCGGAGGAGAAGGGAGGGCAGCUGCAUGUGAAGCAGGAGCAGGAGGGUGACGAGGAGCCGCAGCAGGGGCAGGAAGAGGAAGGGCAGGAGCGCGGGCAGGAAGAGAAAGGGCAGGAGCGCGGGCAGGAAGAGAAAGGGCAGGAGGAUGCCGUGGACACACGCAUGCAACCCGCACGAGGAGAGAGGGUGCCGCAACGUGAGGCACAAAAGGCCAGUGCUUCCGAGAAGAAGCAGCAGGCGCAGCAGCAGCAGCAGCAGUCGAAGCCUGCAGUGAGCCUGCGCCGGCCGUUCUCAAUGUUCCCCACGGCCUUCCUCUCCUCCCUGGGGUUCCUCUCAGGCGCGUCCUCCUCCUCCUCAUCCUCCUCCCCUUCCUCCACCUCUCCCCGCGUAGGGAAAGCCCCACCUGAAGCGUUGCCGCAGGGGUCCUCUCAGGCUGCCUCUGAGCCACCCUGUGUAGCACCGACUACUGCUUCUGCUGCUGCUGCUGCUGCUGUUUCUGUUGCUGCUUCUGCUGCUGCUGCUGCUGCUGUUACUGCUGCAGGCAGGGAUGCUUCGCCCUCGGCAGCUGUAGCAGUAGCUAGUGGGGAAACGGGGUCAGUCAUAGAUGCGGCUGCUACAACUGCUACGGAGGAAAGCGCAGGCACAGCUGUAGCAGGUUCAAAGCGGAGGGAGAGGAAGGGGAAGGGGGUAGCUACUGCUGCUGCUGCUGCUGCUGGGAAGGAAAGAGCAGGAGGGGGGAGCGGGCAGCAGGGCAGCAAGAUAGGUGUAGGGGUAGUGACUGAGGCCACUGAAAGCAGCUCUGGUACUGGCGCUGGGGGUGAUGGUAGGAGCAAUGAGGGCAGUGGAACGAGUAAAGCUGCUGGGAGCAGCGCAGCUAGUGGGGCCGGCAAGGGCAAUGGGAGCAAGGAAGGGUCGGUGAGAGAGGGGCCACGUGUGCCAGCUAGACUCGGCUGGCUGGUGGAAAGGCUAGAGAGCCUGGGGCACUCAGAGGAGGUGCCCCUGGGAGGGGGGAUAGUGAAAGUGUUUGAGCAGAUAGGGGUGGAUCAUGAAGAGGAGGAGGGUGGUGGGGGGUUUGUCACUGUGCAGUCGAAGAGGGGGAGGCGGGAGCAGAGGGAGCGGGAGCAAAGGGAGAGGGAACGGGAGGAGAGGGAAAGGGCGAAGGAGAAGGAGAAGGAGAGGGAAAGGGAGAGGGAGCGGGAGAGGGAGCGGGAGAGGGAGAGGGAGCGGGAGGUGAAGGCACGAAAGCGGGAGCAACGUAUGAAGGAGCAGCAGGAGCAGCAACAGAGGCGCAAGCACGCCGCUCAUGCGAACACUAUUGGCGCCAGCGUAACCCUCCCUGUGACAACGGCUGUUACGGCAUCUACUACUACUCCAGUCACGGCUCCCGACGCUGGUGGUGUCAAGCAACAGAUCCUCGCUCCUAUUCCGGCUCCUACACCUGUGCAAUCUUCGCCAGCGUUGCCUUCCACGACAGCAUUAGAAGGCCCCAUGUGCGUGAGUAGCAGCACAGCGCCGGCUGUGGCAGCAGCACCCACCAUACUCGUUACUCCUCCCAUGGCUGCGCCUCUGGUUCCGCCCAUGGUUGCUCCUGUGGUCGCUCUAAUGCAACCCCUGCAGCAGCAGCAGCAGCAACAGCAGCCGCAGCCGCAGCAGCAGCAGCAGCAGCAGCAGCAGGUGCAGCAGGGUGGAACAGAGCAAGGGGAGCAGGGGCAGAGGAAAGGCCAGCAGAAGCAAGGGCGGCAGAGGGGCGGCAGAGGCGGCAAGCAGCGGCAGGAGUGGCGUGCUGCUGGUGUCAGUGGGGGGAGCUCCGACCAGCACCAGCAGCAGCAGCAGCAGCAGCCGCAGCAGCAGGAGCGAAAGGAGCAACAGGGACAGGAGCACAGAGAGCAGCAGCCGGAACCGCAGCCACAGCAGCAGCAGCAGCAGGGGCAGCAGGAGGAGCUACAUCAGGGGCAGCAGCAGCAGGCACAGCAGCAGCAGCAGCAGCAGGAGCAGGAGCAGCAGCAGGAGCAGGAGCAAGAGCAGCAGCAGGAGCAGGAGGCACAUCAGGCGCAGCCGAAUGAAGGGGUUGAAGCAGGUGGGAAGCAGCUGCAGCAGCAGCACGAGCAGCAUCAACACCAUCAGCAACCGCAGCAGCAGCAUGUUGCCUCAGGUGUAUAUUUCCCUGCAGCAACAGCAGCUGUCCCUUCUGCGCCCGCCCACUUCCCUCACAUGCAUAUGUACCCAGGCAUGCUGCAGCAUCAAGGCAUGCUGGCCUCUCAAGGUAUGCUCCCUCAUCCGACCAUGUCCCCUUUCCCCAUGUCCCAGCCACAUGCCCUUACACAUCCGGCCCAUGCCAUGCCAACCCACACAAUGCCUAACCCUGCCAUGCCAAGCCCCAUGCCAAGCCAUGCCAUGCCAGGCCAUGCCAUGCCAGGGCAAAUCAUGCACCCUGGGCCCCCCGUCAUGAUUUUCCCUGCCCCUCCUUUUUUGAGCGGGCAGUUCGGGCAGGUUGGUCAGCCCAUACCAGCAGGGAUUGGGCAAGGGAGUAUGGGGCAGGUAGGAGUGGGACAGGUAGGUAUGGGGCAGGUAGGUAUGGGGUUUCCUCUGCCGCAGUAUGGACAAGGGGGGUAUGACUUCAAUGCUUCCACCCAAGCACAAACGGGGCAGCAGCAGCAGCAGCAGCAAGGGCAGCAGCAGCAGCAGCAAGGGCAGCAGCUGCUGCUGCAGCAGCCGCAGCAGGGGUUGCUGCAGGAGGGGCAGCAAAGGCCGGAGAAGAAAGAGGAGGGUAUUGGAGGGGUAGGGCCCCAGAAGGGCAGGCAAAGGCAGAAGCAGCGGCAGAGGCAGCAGGGGGGCCAGCAGCAGCAGCAGCAGGGAGGGGUGGGUGGAGGAGGCAUGCAGUCUCGCUCAAAAUUUGAGGGACCUCCGAACACGUCUCACCUGCGAUAUGAGGCGCCUCCAAGCACGGGUCGAUCUCGAGGCGGUGCCGUGCCCCCACCGAGGUUCCAGCAGCAACAGCAGCAGAUGCAGCAGCAGAUGCAGUUGCGGAACCAGCAGCAGCAGCAGCAGCAGCAGCAGCACCAGGUGCAGCUGCAGAACCGGCAUCAGCAAAACGUGCAGACCCAGCAGCAGCAGCAGCAGCAUAGGAUGCAUGAUGGGUCUGCAGUGAUGGGCGGCAAUCAACAGCCACCACAGCCACAGAUCCCACAGCAGCAGCAAGCCUUACAGCAGCACCCUUUACAGCAGCCGAUGCCUUUCUACUGGCCGCACCUUCCCCAGUUUCCACCUCCUCACGUUAAUCCUGCAGCCCCUUUCCCCCCCAUGGGUCACUCCCUCCUCCCUUUCGCUCCUCCCACUUUCCUCUCCUCUCAACUCCUCCACCCCACACCAACGCCACAACUGCCCAUGCCAAUAGCUCCGUCCCUGGUUACCCAUACCAGCGCCUCUGGUUCGGCUGCUUCACGUGCCGAACCAGAAGCUGGUAUGGCAGGCUCCCGAGCCUCGGAGCUAGGCGUGGAGGAAGGUAGCAGGGGCGGGGGUGAGAAGAGAAAGGAAGGGAGUGAAGACCGGGGCCGCAGACACAAUGCACCUGCUGCUGCUGUGGCUGGUAACGAAAGUGCUGCAUCUGCAGCAACUGCGGGGGGCAAUGCUGUUGCUGCUGCUGCUGCCGCUGCCGCUGCUGCUGCUGCUGCUGAUUCGUCUGAAGCGGCCACUUCCACUGGUGCAGCUCCGGCCACCAUAGAGGAUCAUCAUUUUCCUGAGUCCCUGGGGGAUGGAGACACCACCUUAUCCUACCAGCCCCAGCCCCUAGCACCAGCAGCACCACCACCACCAGCACCACUAGCAGCAGCACCACCACUAGCACCACUAGCAGCACCAGCACCACAGGCAGCAGCACAGGCAGCAGCACAGGCAGGAGGAGUAGGGAUGCUAACAGCAGGUGGCGUCUCUGUUCCUCCUCCCAGUGUCUACCACGCCCACCUUGGGUCCGUACCUGUAGGGAUGGCAGGAGCUAUGGCAGGAGGUAUGGUGGGGGGUAUGGCAGCUUCACAGCAGCAUAGCCACAGGUUCGGUGGAGGCUCGGACCAAGGCAUGGGCUAUUACCAAGGGAGGCCGGGUGCCCCAGGAGGGAACAAGAGGCGGCCCCGCCAACCGCCAAGGCUCACCCGAGCCUCUCCCGGAGGUUCGGGAGGCGAUGGCCUGGGUGGUAACCAGCAGGGUGGUGUGGUAUCUGCCAAUCAGCAAGGGCUUAGCCUACAGGAUUUCCCAAGCCAGCAAGGCUUCUCCAGACAGUAAGGGUUCUUUCCCAAGCAGCUUUUGAGUCGACUCAGAAGUCAACCCGCAGGGGUUCCCAAGCCAGCAAGGCUUCUCCAGGCUGUAAGGGUUCUUUCCCAAACAGCUUUUGAGUCUUAAAAGGUGGACUGGUAGAGGGGGGGGAAAGGUAGAGGUAAGGAGGAGAAGGUGGGAGUGCAGGGGAGUGGUUGGUGGGAGUGGUGCGUGGGGGUGGUGGAGGGAGUGGGAGGGGAAAGGGGUUGGAGUGGAGUGGAAGGAGUGGGAGUCAGAGCGGGUAGUAGCGAAGGAAAGCUGCCCAGGUUUGAGUGAGAGAAGUCCCAGGGUUUUCUGUAUUCUGCCCGGCUUUCCAAUCCAAUGCACAACAUUUUUGUGUCGGGGAGGGCUUUGGUUUGUUUGGACCUAGGUUUGGAACAGGGUCUUGUUGCUCACGUGCUUGCCUCUUCUUGGGGCUUGGUGUGGUGUGGUGGUGCUAUUGUGUGAUGCCGAAAGUUGCAACCUCUUUGCUUGGUGUGGACUCAGUAGAUUGGGUUUGCUUUGCUUGCAUCGGGAACAUUUUCUACCCCAGCAGUUCAUGAAAUGCUACCAGGCUGAAAUGUAGGUAUCCAAAUGUUGUAGUGUACCAGUAAAUUGGUAACAGCCAC